GGCACUCUCACACUCAACGCACACUCUUCCUUCGUUCCUCUUCCCAGCUGUUAAUCUCACUGGUCCGUCAUCUCUUACAAUGUUCGCUAAGAUCUUCCGGCGUUGCAAGGAGGAUUCGAGCUCCGUUUCUUCCUCUAGCAAGCUUCAGCAGGCAUUUGAAAAGCUUGAGAAGAAGGAGAUUAUUUUGCAAGAAAAGAUUGCUGUAGAGAUUGAGAGAGCCAAAGAAUUUACGAAGGCAAAAAAUAGACCUGCUGCACUGCAAUGCUUGGUGAGGAAGAAAUUUUAUGAAGAGCAAAUUGAGCAUCUUGGGAGCUUUCAAAUGCUUAUUCAUGACAAGGAGCAAAUGCUGCAGAAGAAAUCAUCUGUAAAUGGCAGUCAGCUUCAACGAAUUACUAGAAAUGUUAAUAGGAACUUUGAGAACAACAAUAUUCGUGCUACUUUGCACGCAACUUUGAACUCGAGUUAGUAUGAAGUGGUCUAUGCUGAAGUACAGUACUAACAUUAACUGAGACAGUAAGCGUUUACUUUCUAGUGUUCGUUAACAUGUACAUAGUCAACUAUCCUAUGACUGUAGAAAAAAUAGUAAAACAUGGCAUGUGUCUCUAUUAAUAAUUUUCAGUUCCUGAAUCUGUCAAGUUGGUUUGGGUGUUUCAGUUGAAUGA